AUGGCUACUUCCCUUAACAAACUUCUCACCACCUGUGCCACUCGUCAGGUUCUGGCACCCAACUUCAUCAGUCUAUUCCAACAGCUAAAUGAAUCUCAAAAGAUAGACGAUAAUGAAUAUAUCACUUGUAUGCUAGAAGUAUCACCUUUGUCUACCGCCACUAAAGCAUCUAUCUAUCGUAAGAUUGAUUUGGUGUUGGCAUUGGCCAUGUCAGAUAACGAAUCAAUGACUCGGUUCUGGAGACUUUUGACCAAAACUGCAGUUCCAUCACAAGUGGAAUAUUUGGUACAUUUGAAUCGGAUGUUGAUAUCUAAAUCAUUGACCCUGUCUUUAAAUGAGUCGUUACUUCUGAAACUCACAAGUUGGCAUUUGGCUGCCUAUACAAAAUAUGUCACUACUACUAUAAAAAAUCUCGGGAGACUGCCUCUACCCGUUGAAUCCCGUAUCUUGAGUGAAUUGGUAUUCAUAUGGAGUACUAUAUUCAAACAUUACAAGUUACCUUCAGCUGAUUCUCAAAAGGCUCGUGAAUGUGUGGAAGAGUUGGCCUCUGAUUUACAUAAGUUGGGGUUCAUUAAAGAGUACAGAUAUAUCUGUACUCUUGUGAAACAUCAACAAUUACAGCAGCUGAAACAGCUGACUGAAAUUGAUCAUCAUCACAAUAAUAUCAAUUCUAUUACUACCAGUAACAAUAUAUCUGUGACUAGUUCGUUUUUUGUUGAUGAAGGAGAUCUGACUUUAAAGCAUAAGGCCACUACUAAAAGUUUAUCGUUAGCCAAUAUUAAUCCUAGGAAGUUAACUCAAAUCAACAAGUUGAAAAAAUACUUUUGGUUAAGUCAACAGUUCAAAAACUUCAACUUUGAUAAGAAUGAUUUGAUGAGUAAUUAUACCACCUUAUUUAUCAAUGAAAACGCCAAGAAACCAUAUGCUAUAACAGUGGAGUUUAUUAGCACUUUAUUCAAUGGAUAUGGUCAUAUCAAUGAUUACCCAUUUGUUAAAUUCAAUUGGAAGAAUUAUAUUGUUUCUCAGUUACCAUUAUCGUUAUCAUUGUUAAAAUUCACUGAUGAAACUGUAGAAGAAUCCAUUGUACAUGCAUUUAAAGCAAUUGAAGAAAGAAUUGCUGUUUCGGAAGAAAUCAUUCAUAUCCGUCAAUUAUUGGUUAAAAGUUGUAUUUUUCAUAAUCUACUAUCAAUUCCUUCCUUCCAUAAAAUCUUCCCUACUGAAACAAGAGUCAACCAACAAUAUUUAGUUGGUGAAUUAAAUGUUUUCAACAAUUCUAAUUUGAACGUUGAAAGAGGAAUUGAUACUAAAUUAUUAAAAGUCAAUCCUGAAUUCACCUCCUUAGAUGAAUCUGGUUUAAUUGAAUUCUUUGUAACUUUGCAAAAGAAUAUAGAAUGUCUGCAUGCCAAACAAAUGGAAACUACUAGAGUCAUACUAAAACAUCUAGAAGAAUUGAUCAAAAGAAAGGAAAAUGAUAAACUUGCAAGAUUGCUCUUGGUCAUACUGAAUAAUUUAACAUUAUUGCACAUCAUUUCUUAUAACUCCAAAAAUGGUCCUUACACAAUUUUGAACUUGCUAGUGAAUUAUUUGGAUUCCAAGGAUUUUAAUACUGAUGAUGAUGCUGAGAAUUUCCAAGACUCGUAUUCUUAUUUUGGAAUAUUCCUUCUAAGUGCUAUCUUAAUCAUUGAAACAUAUCAAAUUAAUUUUCAAAACAUAUCAUAUUUCAAUUCCUAUACUUUGGAUUAUGUUUUGAACUUUUAUUAUAAAUUAUGUGACGGUUUAACAAAUAAUGAACCCUCAAAUGUCAGUGAAGAAGACUCCACUAUCAUCAACAAUUACGAUAGUUUAUUGACCGAAUGGGUCAAUGCACUCUUUGAUGAUUCGAAUGAUGGAUUAUCAGAUGAUUUGAUCAAAUCAGUUAAUAUCAAACAGGUGAACAAGCUUAUUCCUAUAAUUUUCCAACAAGCAAUCUUGGCUACCAGAAGUAACAUUAUUAGCUUCCAACAUUUAUCAAAUGGUAUUGAUUAUUUGUCGCAAAACUUCCUCAUGCCAUGUACUUUAAGCGUCAUCAAAUGGGUCAUUGGAAAGAUAACCUUAGAGGUUACCAAUAAUCCGCUGAGCAAGUUUGAUGAGAACAUAUAUGUGAAAGUAUUGUAUCAACUAAUCAAGCUAAAUACCACCAAUGAUGAAGAAAAAUUGAAUAGUGAUACAGAUAUUAUGUUUUGUAUGGUUAUUAACUUGGUUGGACACCAAAUUAUCAAGUUGUUAGAAUCAUUUGAUUUAUUCAACACUUCACUGAUGGGUAUUGAAAUAGUGGAGAAAAUUAGGCUGAGGAUUGAACCAAUUGGUAAUCAACUUUAUUGUCGUACCCAGCCUAGCAAAUUCAAGCAAGUAACUCUUGACUUUGUUCUGUCAUCAUUUACCAGUCAAUCCACACAACUGCCUCAAUUAGCCCAAUCACCUCCAGAAUCCAAUGCUGAUAAUCUUGAUAAACGAAUGAUCGCAGUUAAUUUUGUGAAUGACAAUAUGGUUAUAAACACAUUAUUAGAUGAAGUUGUUCUGUUUCAAAAGAAGUCGAGUGAAGAAUCUAAGAUUUUUAUUAAUUUGAUACUUUAUAUUCUGUUCCUUCAGGCUUCUGUUUCUGCUGAUAAUAAAAAGUAUUGGAUUGAACGUUUACUGCAGUUCAAUGGAAGCAGUAAUACCCCAGUAGCCUCGAAUGAUGAUGCCAUGGAAAUUGACGAAGAUAUCAACAGUAAUAUGUUUUCCAUCUCUUUAGAAGAUCAUUAUUCUUCCAUUUUCAAUACGCCUGGAGGCAAUGGAGGUGAAGUAGAUGAUAAUGAUGAUGAUGAUGAUGAUUUAUUUAAUGACAAUGCUGCACUGAAUGGUAAUAAUGAGUUCGCUUUGGAGUCAUUACAAUUGAACAGGUUAAAUUGUCUUUUGGCAUCGAUAAUCACCUACAUUAACAAACACAAGUAUGACAUUUUCAACGGGAAGACAGUUAACAUAUUAUCCGAUAAACUUGGUGACGAUAUGAACAAUUUAUAA